AUGGCCGAGAUACAAAAAGACACCCCAAUUCAAGAGGACGCCGAGAUCCAAAAAGAUGUCGAUAUGCAAGAAGACGAACUGGAUAGAGAAAAGAUCAAGCUUCUCAGCGAGGCCACUUCGGAAGACGGUAUGAGCGCGUCGUUCAGAAUCACAGAUGAGGACCAUACUCUCGGUAAUGCCCUCCGUUAUAUGAUCAUGAAGAACCCAGAAGUCGAGUUCUGCGGGUACUCGAUCCCACAUCCUUCAGAAAACUUCCUACACAUCAGAAUCCAAACGUACGGCAAGAUGACUGCAGUCGAGGCAUUGCACAAGGGUCUUGCUGAUCUCAUGGACCUGUGCGACGCUGUGGAGGACCGUUUCACCCAAAGGGUGAGGGAGAUGUGA